CACGUGACCGGGGUAGAUCAGCUGAUCGGGUCCCACGUGCAACAGAGGAACGGUCGGGGCGUUGCUGCUGCUGCUGGUGGUGGUCGUGGUGCCGACAGGAGACGCACACACACGCGUGUCACGCUACCCAGGGUGAUGGCGACCAAGCGGCUGCCUGAGUUGCUGACCCGGGUUCGGACCGAGCUCGACCACGUCAUGGCGUUCUGGCUGCGGCACUCGCAUGACCAGGAGCAUGGAGGCUUCUUCACGUGCCUGGGCCGCGACGGUGCCGUCUACGAUGAGCUCAAGUAUGUGUGGCUGCAGGGACGGCAGGUGUGGAUGUACUGCCGUCUGUAUCGCGAGCUGCCCAGGUUCCGCACGCCACAGAUCCUUGAGGCGGCCAAAAAAGGGGGGGAGUUCCUGCUGUGCCAUGCGCGGGUCUCCGCAGACUCGCCCAAGUGCGCCUUUGUGCUGACACGUGACGGCCGUCCCGUCAAGGUUCAGAGGACCAUCUUCAGCGAGUGCUUCUAUGUGCUGGCCAUGAGCGAGCUGGGCCGUGCUACCGGCGACGCCAAGUACACGGUGGCCGCCAAGGAGAUGAUGUCACAGAUCGUGCGCUGGGUGCGCGAGGACCCCUCCGGCCUCGGGCGUCCGCAGCUCUCCGGCGCGACACCCGACAGCUCGCUCGCCGUGCCCAUGAUGUUGCUGUGCCUGCUGGAGCAGAUGGAGGAGGCCAGCGAGGAGGGGGAGGGGGCGGCGGGCGGGGGCGAUGGCAAUGCGGAGCUGGGCCGCUGGUGCGUCGACCGGAUCCUCAAACACCUGCAGAGGGGCGGCUCCGUCGUGCUGGAGACGGUCACUCCCGAUGGUGAGGAGCUCCCGGGCAGCGCCGGGCGCCUACAGAACCCGGGCCACGCCAUCGAGGCCGGCUGGUUCUUGCUGCAGCGCGCGUCGCGCCUUGGAGACGCGGCACUGGCACGCACGGCGCUCGCCAGCUUCGUGGAUGCCCCCUUCAGUGCCGGCUGGGACCCCCAGCACGGGGGGCUCCUCUACUUCCUGGAUGCCGACGGGCUGCCCCCCACACAGUUGGAAUGGUCCAUGAAGCUGUGGUGGCCACACUGUGAGGCGCUCAUCGCCUUCCUCAUGGCAUUCCGCGAGACCCGCGAGGCCCGCCACCUCGACUCCUUUACCCGCGUCUUGGACUACUCCGUCUCUAAUUUCUCGGAUGCCGAUCACGGAGAAUGGUACGGGUACCUGGACCGCCAAGGCAGCGUCACGCACACGUUCAAGGGCGGCCCCUUCAAAGGUUGCUUCCACGUACCCCGCGCCCUCUACAUGUGUGAGAAGAUGCUGGCCGACCUGACGGACGCCUCCAAGGCCUCGGGGUAGGCCUCGGGGUAGGCCUCGGGGUAGGCCUCGGGGUAGGCCUCGGGGUAGGCCUCGGGGUAGGCCUCGGGGUAGGCCAGGGCGUCCAACCCUCGGGCCUCACGGCUGCCAACCAAGCCCAGACCCCACGAAAAAAAUUCAACCACUGGAAAAAGGGACGGUGAUUGCACUUACCAGCAGAGGCGCAGUGGGUGAAUGUGAGCCCAAUCAAAAUGCUUUUGUGCUAAUUGUUGUGCAGUGAUUUAAUGAACUGACAUGGAGGGGUGUUUUGAUUGAAUUGCAGAAUCUAUUCCUUUUGGUCUCAUUUUCACGGUGUGUGCUGUUUGUCAGUACUGGUCUUAUUUGAACUGCCUCUCAUUAGUACUGCCACUACUGUCUGAAUAAUACUGGUCGCGAAAAGCUACGUAUUAAACUUAUGCUGUAUUGUUUGUAAUGUCUCGUUUGUACAGUGACAACAUGUCCAUCUCCGUUGUAUUUUCUUGUGGCUCAUUGUUUAUAGUUUACCACUAUCGCUUGUCCCAUCUGCCGUCUCAUCUGUGCUGAUUUGUGCUGCCUGAAAUUUGUCUCAAUCGUACUGUCCAUACUGUGUCGUUUUUUACAUCUCCUUCAUUAUGAACGUUGACUAUAAAGGGAAACAUUUGUGCAUUGCAAGCAAUCGAUUCUCACGCACAGCGCGAACCAUGUAUCGCGUCGUAUAUAUAAAUCGACUUGAACUGA